AGUUACCGAAUGAUUUUAAAAUCCGAACAACGUUCGAAAGUGGGUGGGUGGGUCAGAAGGCUGUUCGAAUUAGAAAUCAUUUGAUCACUGCGCAUGCGCAGAUUUCUUUAUUGUCCAGUGGUGAUGAAAAAGCAGCUGACUCUCUUUGGUGUACGGAAGAGGAAGAGAGAGCCUUUCUUCCAACGCAGUGCAGAUGACAGUGAUUACACACGAGUGAUCGAAACUCUGUGGCAGCAAGAUGCUGGACAGCGCACUCGCAAGGACUUCUUCAAGUGGGCGCAAGGCCAAUGGCGUGACAAGUACUCGAAGGACAGGAAGGCAAGAGAUGAUGUGAUAGCCAAGAGCGUUGGAGUCCAACAGGGAAUGGACAAUGCGGACGAGAAGGCGGCGACGACUGGUUACUUCCGGCGAUUGGAUGAACCGGAACCGAAGCGUUCACACCUAUCUUGUCAUGGCCGUCAUGACCAGGUUAGUAUGGUCGCUUCGGUAUCCACAGAUGGCGACGACAUAGAGGUAGCUAGUGGAGGGCCCGAAGCAGAGUUCUUGAAUGCUAUUGGGAUUGACUCCUCUCAAUUGCUGACGGAAGAUGUUGUAGGCAGAUCAGAUUUUAUGGGCGUGUUACGUCAGUGCGCGAGACAGUGGCUGGCAUACAAACAGGUACAGGCGACAUAUGAAGCACACGCAAAGUGGCGUUGGGGACAUAGUCAGCUCAUUCGAGCAGAAGAUGAGCUGGUGACGGAAGAGAAGAAACUGAUGGCUGCAAUGUGUGAUGUUGCUCAGGUAACCGUGAGUGCCACAAACUUCCUGAGUGUUUCAUUUGUGCGCAUGGCUUUUGCUACUGUUUAG